AUGGGGCUCGAACGACAUUUCAAACCGGAAAAUGUCUUCGGCCAAGACUCCAGGGCACUACAGGAGCGGGGCUUUGUGAAGGGAAGGCUGAUUGCUGACUUAAUGGCGGAUCCGUCCAGGGGCUGGCUUCCCACGGAUGCGCUGUUCGUGGACGACUCAGUCCGCCACACGGAGGCGGCGGCUCCCUACUGCGAGGUGAUCCGUGUGCUGGGCAACGGCCUCUCCUUCUUGGAAUUUGAUGCGGUGGAGGCUCUUGCGCGAG